AUGGAUUUGUUAAAAUUUGACCGAAAGAAGGGCACAUCGAGAGAUUUCCCGAUGCCCCACCUCAUCGAGCAUGCCGAAGUCGACGUCUGGGGAGGAAUAGGAGUUGUGUCAGAAGAAAGAAAGGGGCAAAUUCUACACAAAGAAGGUGGAUUUGGACACUAUUUGGGCGAAGGUUUUCGACGGGCUGAGACUAGCUAUCAAGUUUCAUUGAAUUUUCAAAAUUCUUCUGCUUGUAGCGAACCAAAACGAAAAAGAGCACGACAAAAUGGACCUAGUAAUGGGACCCAGUUUAAUAUCGAAGAAGAGCCACCUUGUCAACGUUUACCAGAAAAGAAUUUUGCUGAUGCAGUACCGGAAACGUUAAAGAAUUGCUCAACGACGAGUUGCGAGCAGAUAGAAAAUGAUAUCAUAUCGACCAACAGCGAACAUGACGAAGAAAAACUAGCAACUUUUAAGCAAUUACGUUCUGAAAUGCUCAAAUCUAUCGACAAGCGGCUGCGAUUAGGGCCUGAAGAACUCGUAUAUCUGACUGAAGCGAACGUUAUCACUUCCAUUUACAAAGAACAAGAAAUGAAUAUCUUGGAUCUGUGGGCUUAUCUCUGCCAACAACACGGAAAAUAUCGACUCGCUCGCAGAUUUGCACUAUAUCUACACCUACGCGAGAUUGGAUGGAUUCCACGCUCUGGGAUCAGCUUUGGAGCCGAUUAUUUGAUCUACAAAGACGGCGCUGAAUAUUAUCAUGCGUCUGCAGCGGUGAAGAUUCUCGACACAGCCACCCCUUUAGAGAUUGGCGGACUCAAUCGAGAAUUAUUCAAUGUUAGGAAGUCUCUGAUCAUUGCUAAAGUCACAGUCCCGCGCGGUGUCGAUUGUUCGGAUUUCGCAGCGAUUAGUGAUAUUUCAGUCGAGCUGGAAACGCAGUCCACAUUUAUGCCUGGUCGAAAUUUUGAA